AUGUGGCUGCCGGAGCUGUGCCUAGCGCUCCUCUGCGCGGCCGCGGGGACCGGCUCCCCGGGGGCGGCCCGGGACCAGCCGCUGGGAGCAGCCGCCCCCCGGGCGGGCGGUGCGGACCCGCGGCAGACUUGGAUGCUGCUGGCCGGGAGCCCGAGGCGGGGGAGCGGCGGCCCGGCCCGGGGCAGGACGGGCAGGGUCCGGGACGGGCCGGGGGCUGGUGCGGCGCAGGCUGCGGUGCGAGGCGGUGUGCCGGGCCCUGCCGCUGCUCCCCCCGCGGCCACCACCGCGCUGGAAGAGCUGCUGAGGGAGCUGCAGCUCCUGCUGAAAGGCACGGUGAAGGAGCAGGCAAAGACAUGCAGGAAAGCCUGGGAAGGGUGCGAGGAAGAGGAGGAACGUGGUGAAGAUAACCCACAGGCCAGGUCCUAUCGUCACGUGGAAGCAGCCUUCCACUGCCGGACACGUGAAAACAUCUCCGUUCAGCAGCGAGCACGGCAGGAGCUGCAGCUUUACUACAUCCCGGAAAGGGAGAGGAUGUUCCAACGCGGCUCUGGGCUGAACCUGACCAGUGGGCAGUACACAGCCCCCGUCACAGGGUACUACACCUUCACCACCACGCUGCAUAUUGUGCACAGAGAGCAGCGGAGGAAGGGGCAGCCGCGCAGGGGGAGUCGUCUGCGGGUGCUGAUCUGCGUGCAGUCCUGCUGCCAGCACAACAGCAAUCUGGAGACCGUGUCCCGGUUGGAGAGCAGCGGUGACUUUUUCACCGUCUCUGUCACUGGAGUCCUUUACCUGCAGGCUGGACAGUACGCCUCUGUUUUCGUGGACAACACCGCAGACUCUCCCCUCACUGUUCAAAGCGGCUCUGAUUUCAGCGCUGUUUUGUUGGGGGUGUGAGAAGGCAAUGGACACCACGCAGGGAGCUGAACCUGGGCCAGGAGCAGCUGGACCCUUCCCUCUGCCACCCACUGUCACACCUCCCCUGCUGAGCACCAAGCCCAGGGAA